CAGCGACACGUACCAGUAUUUCCUCCGGGAUUUCGACAGCACCGACGGCACGUGGGUGCGGAUCCGAUGGAACCGCUCCAUAGAGAUAUCCCCUGGCCAGCAGAUGACCGUGGGCGGCACCAUGAUCCAGGUCAACGAGGGUGCUGCCAUCCCACCAGAGGAGGAGGUGCAGCAGUGGCUCGCGACGUACAACUUGCAGCAGCUGGCGGCGCGGCUGAACGAGAGCGGCCUGCACAGUCUGGUCGACGUCGCGACUAGGCUCGGCUCGGUUAUGGAGCUGGCCGGCGAGAUGUCCGAGCAGGAGCGGACCGACCUGAAGUCCGCGCUAGACGAGCUCGGCAAGAUGUGGCCCAGCGCUGGCUACCCGCGCCACUCGUUGUCGUUCUGCGUCCUGCCAGAGGAGGGAUCGUCGGACGAGCCGAAGGAGAUUGCGUCCAUGGCUUGGCAGGGCGGCACGAUCGCCCUGGCUCCGAACGGCGUUGCCGAGGAGGAGUUCGACGACGAGCCGGAGAGCAACGUGGCGCGGCCGCGCAAGGACGUCACAGUCGGUUGCGUCGCGGUUCAGGGCUGGGAGAAGUGCGAAUGGCUGCGGGUGGGCUACUCCUACGGCCGCUACUACGUCCACCUGGGCGAGCGGUCCGCCGAGUCGACCCAGAAGGGGUGGGUGAGGCUCCAGAAGCAGCAGAGCCACUGGCUGCAGCCGCACGACUUCUUCCGCAUCGGCGAGCUCGAGUUCUCGGUGAUGCGCUUCAACGCCGCGGUGCACUCGGCGCAGGGGUUCCGGGCCACGAUGGAGGACGAGGACAUCGUGCUGCAGGACCUGGCCACGUCCUGCUGGCGGAACUGCUCGUACUUCGGCAUCUACGAUGGCCACGGCGGCCGAGACUGCGUUUCCUACGUGCGCCAGAAUCUCCACAGCAACAUCGUGCAGGCCCUGAACGACCGGGGCGGGCUCGAUAAGUCGGAGAAGGUGCACCAUGACAUGUACGAGAGCCUGGUCGAGGGCUUCCGUGAGACGGACAAGCAGUUCCUGCGCAUGGCGCGGGCGGUGGAGGGCCUGAACGGCGGC